UUGUUUUAAUUCUACAUCGACUUAAAUAGAUUUUAUUGUAUUUUUUGGUAAGAUUUUAAAAGAUUGUAUUAGAUUGUUUAAAAUCCAAAUAAUAAUAAUGUGGAACAAAAAUUUUUAUCGUGAACAAAAAUAAAGGCCUAAACAUAAUUGGCGGCGCGACUGGCUUGUACCGAAAGACUCCCUCCCGUUCAGAGCUUCCAUUCUCCAUUGUCUUCCUCGUGCUUGAGUACCAUGGGAUGGUACAGGAGAUCAAGAUUCGUCCUCGAUGCGGUUCUCUCAUCGGCGGCAAGGAUUUCGUCCAAAAGACAAGUGUCUGAAUCCAUCUCCAGAACCAAAUUCGGAUCCGGGUCAUCCCGUUUCGUCUCUCCCGUUUCGAGGAACCCAAUUUCUCAAUCCAUUUUCCAGCCGAAUCACUACAAACCCCAAUUUCUUUCUCAGCCCCGGAGAUGGUACUACGUCGAUCGGCGCCAGGUCAAGCAUUUCCGGCCCCGGGGACCGGACAAGUGGUUCCAGAAUCCGAGGAACCUGUUCAUAGUCUUGGCGGUGGGGUCCGGAAUCGUGAUCUCCGUUUACUUUGGGAACUUGGAGACGAUACCGUACACGAAGCGCACCCAUUUCGUGCUCUUAUCCAGAACUCUCGAGAAAGAGCUGGGAGAGAAGCAGUUCAGAGAGCUAAAGGCGAGUUUCAAAGACAAAAUUCUCCCUGCAAUCCACCCGGAGAGCGUGAGGGUACAAUUGAUAGCCAAUGAUGUAAUUGGGGCCUUACAGAGAGGGUUGAGAAAAGAACAGGGCUGGGGUGAUCUUCGCUACACGUCAAUGGUGGGUGUGGAGGGGAGUCAUGGAACUGCCAAGGAGCAGCAGCAGCAGAAAUUAAUGGCUCCUUCUUCUUCAUCGUAUUCUUCUUCUUCUUCUUCGAGUGAUAAAUGGGAGGACGAGGUGCUAGAUGAUAAAUGGAUUGAGAAGAGUAGGAAGGAGGGGAAGGAGAAUGGUAAAGAAGCUUACACCGGGCAUUUGGAGGGAUUGAAUUGGGAGGUUUUGGUGGUUAAUGACCCUAUGGUUAAUGCUUUCUGUUUGCCCGGCGGAAAGAUUGUCGUCUUCACUGGUUUGUUCAAGCAUUUCAAGUCUGAUGCUGAGCUUGCUGCCAUUAUUGGCCAUGAGGUUGGGCAUGCGGUGGCUAGGCAUUCAGCUGAAGAAAUAUCAAAACGGCUGUGGAUUGCCAUAAUACAGUUGGUUCUCUACCAGUUUGUGGUGCCCGAUGUGGUUAACACUAUGUCUACUCUUUUCUUAAACCUUCCCUUCACAAGAAGGAUGGAGAUGGAAGCAGACUAUAUAGGACUCCUACUAAUGGCAUCGGCUGGAUAUGACCCAAGGGAAGCCCCAAAGGUGUAUGAGAAGUUGGGGAAAAUUGGAGGCCAAUCGGCUCUGCAAGACUACUUGUCCACGCAUCCUUCUGGUAAGAAGAGAGCUCAGUUGCUGUCUAGGGCUGAGGUCAUGGAAGAAGCUCUCAGUAUUUAUCGCGACGUUCAGGCAGGAAGAGGCGUGGAGGGAUUCCUUUAGUUGCAUACAUGCAUUGUUUAAACCAACAAUGGGAUCUGAGUUUGUGUUCCCAAAGUCAAAGUAAGUCAACUCUAUGGAACUCAUUGUGUUCCCACUUCCCACUCUUGUCACAGACAUGCACACAGAACAAUGUCAGUGUGUGAGAGAAGGUGAGUUGAGAGUUAGGAUCACACUUGGGAUUUCCUAACCAUGAUCCAACAUAGUUUUUUUUAUGAUGUUUGGUGUGUGGGAAUUGGGAGUUUGGAGGUCAGUGUUGUUGAUAAGGGGAAUUCAUGAAAACAAUAAAACCCUUUGCUUGGUGAAAAAUUUGCCUUGUGGGAAUUGGGGAGUUUGGGAUUAGAGUGUGAAGUGUUGGAUGGAAUUCAU